GCGAUGUUUCAGAGUGAUAACUCGCGUAUCCGCCAUCCUUGUGGCUCUUUGCAGAAGGGCACGAAGAGGCCGAUACAAGGGUGCCCGGUGUAUUAAAAACUUGGCACUUCAUCCUUUAAACAUGCUGUCCAGGCUCGUCUUUGUCUCAGCCAAUUCCCUGAAAGGCAGUGGUCCCCUUGGAGCUGGUCUGGUCCAAGUGUCUCGCUCCCUACACACAUCGUCCCAGAGUCUGGCCCCAGUACCCCCUCUGCCAGAGAAGGGAGGCAAAGUCCGUCAUGCCAUCAUCCCAGAGGAGUUGUUCCAGUUCCUGUACCCCAAAACUGGAGUCACAGGACCAUACAUGCUGGGCACUGGCCUUCUCAUUUACAUGCUUUCCAAGGAAAUCUAUGUCAUCAACCAUGAGACUAUUGCUGCCGCCUCCAUAGGCGCCAUCAUUAUCUAUGGUGUCAAGAAAUUUGGUCCCAGUGUUGCAGCUUUUGCUGACAAACUGAAUGAGGAAAAAGUGGCCAAGGCCCAGGAGGUGAAGGACCUCUCCAUCUCUGGCCUGACUCAGGCUAUUGAGAAUGAGAAGAAGGAACAGUGGAGAGUGGAGGGAAGAUCAAUGCUCUUUGAUGCUAAGAGGAACAAUGUGGCCAUGCUGCUGGAGACCAACUACAGAGAGAGGCUACACAUGGUGACCAAUGAGGUGAAGAGACGCUUGGACUACCAGGUUGCCCUGCAGGACCUCAACCGCCGAAUGGAGCAGGAGCACAUGGUCAACUGGGUGGAGAAGAACGUCAUCAGCAGCAUCACUCCUCAGCAGGAGAAAGAGAACAUCGCCAAGUGCAUCACAGACCUGAAGGCUCUGGCCAAGGCUACUCAGGCCAAAGCUACAGCCUAAAUGUCAAGUCUUCAGAGAAGGCUUCUCUAAGCCCAAAACUUGUUUUCCCAUGACGAGAUGCUCACUUUUCUUUACAGAAUAAACUAUUUCCUCUUGAAAGAUUGUCUCUGUCAAUAUAAUGGGUGUGUACAGUAUUUACACGUCAGCUGAUGGUAAAAUAAAUUGUUCUCUUAUCUUAAA